GGAACAUUUGAACUAAUUGAGCAGCAAAUAUCGAUAUAUGUAUACAUCUGUAUUUUUAUGGACGCCCACGUACACACACAGGAAAUUUGGAAGCCCUAGCAAAAUGCGUGGACUCGUCGAGGAUUCGAAAAAGACCAAGUUGUCGUCCUCGAACAACAACAACAUUAGCACUAGCAGUAGUAGCAGUCGCAUAAAAUCGUCAAAUACUACAGGAUCAGGAUCCAGUGCAAGUGGCAGCACUGCAAAGCCAUUAAGGAGUGCGGUGAAAACGCCAACAAUGAGCAGCACGACGUCAUUGGCAGCAGGAACAGCAGCGGCCAAGAAGGCGCCUCAUACGGGGCAACAACAAGUUGGCAAGUCUGCAAAGUCCUCGACGGCAGCAACAACAGCAGCAACAGCAACAACUGGAACGCCAACAACAAGGGCACAGGCAGCGGCGGCCAAAAUUCAAAAGGGUCAGAAUCCACCCUCACAACAAGUGCAACCGAAACAGCAGCAACCACAGACACAGCAGCAACCCUUAGUGGUGCAACAGCAACAGCAGCAACAUCAGGCAAACAACAGCAGCAACACGAUUGCCCUGCCAAAAGCCUCGCAUGCCAACACCAGUGAGGAGUUGGCCGGCGGUGUCCAGGACACAAUUUACCUGUGCAACUUUCGGGUAUCUGUCGAUGGCGAGUGGCUGUGCCUCAAGGAGCUGCAGGAUAUAGAUGUUGCCGGUGGAACAGGCAGUCAGGCAGUGCAGACCAGUGAAAAACUGGGUGGAGUCCCAUCGCAGACUGGCUUUGGGUCUAACUUUAAUACUGGCUCCAAUUCCAGCAAGCGUAACAGCAAACGCUUCUCUGGACUGUCCACCGGCAGUGGAGGAGGAGGAAGCGGCGGGGGAGGCGGCGCCCUGGACAUCACGGACAAUGGUAUUAUGGCAAUUGAAAACCUUAUCGGCCGCCGGCUGUGCGACAUGGUCCACAGUGGCUCCUCGGCACUCGGCCAGUCCCAGUCACACUCCCAGUCGCAGCACCAGAGUGUCGGCCUCUUCGCCGAGUGGUCGCAUCUCUCCCGGGAUACGGCGGAAAUAGAGCGCAGCAAUCUGGUGAACAUCUGUAAGUUGGUGGUCAAGGAGCUGUUGGAGCAGUCGCUGCGGUAUGGUCGCAUGCUGGACUCUGAUCACCUGCCGCUGCAGCAUUUUUUCAUCGUCAUUGAGCACGUCCUGGGCCAUGGAUUGCGACCCAAGAAGGGACUCCUCGGACCCCGCAAGGAACUUUGGGACCUUUUGCAGAGCGUGGAGCACUACUGCCCGGAAGCACAGGAUAUUACGGCUAGUGUAAGGGAUUUGCCUACAGUCCGUACACACAUUGGCAGGGCUAGAGCCUGGCUGAGGAUUGCUUUAAUGCAGAAGAAGCUAUCGGAUUACCUUCAGGCUCUCAUCGAGCACAGAGACGAUUCACUGUACGACUACUACGAGCCACAUGCUCUAAUGAUGAGCGAUGAGAUCGUUGUGAUAAUGGGCAUUCUAGUAGGCUUAAACGUGAUUGAUUGUAAUCUGUGCGUGAAGGAGGAGGAUCUGGAUUCCCAGCAGGGCGUCAUCGACUUCUCGUUGUACCUGCGAUCUAGUUCCAGAAAUGCUGACGCCGCCCCAGAGGAUGCUGCUCCGCCGGCCGUUAUGGAUGCCACUGGUCAGGGCAACAUGAUCGCGGUGUUGGACCAGAAAAACUACAUCGAGGAGCUCAACAGGCACUUAAACGCCACUGUGGGUAAUCUUCAGGCCAAAGUUGAGUCUCUCACGACCACAAAUGCCCUGAUGAAAGAGGAUUUGGCCAUCGCUCGGAAUAGUUUGUUGGCUUUGCAAGCAGAAAACCAGGCCAUGCGGCAGUCCGCUCCAGCAGCGGAUAACAGUUCCACUGGAUCGGGUGGUUCCUCCGACAAGGACAAAGAGAAGCCGUCCGAGGAGCUAGCUGAAGAGCGUCGUAAGACUAGCGAACUAGAGAAGGAGCUCAAACUGCAGGUGUCCCUCAAGGCGGAGUCUGACAUGGCCAUGAAACUGCUGGAGAAGGACAUCCAUGAGAAGCAGGAUACGAUAGUCUCACUUCGCCGCCAACUGGACGACAUCAAACAGAUUAACUUGGAGAUGUACCGAAAACUGCAGGAAUGUGAAGAUGAACUCACACAGAAGGGCGAGAUGGUCUCGCGCCUGCAAACGAAAGCCUCACAAAUUGGUAACAUUUUACAAUCGUUAGAAAAGAAAUACGAAUCGAAGCUCGUCGAUCAGCACUACCACGGACCGGGAUCGGGAACAGGAUCAGGAGCAGGAUCUGGAACUGGGGGCGGAGCCAUGGGUGGAGAACGGUCACCAACCACCCGGCGACAGCAGAAUCUGGAGAAGUUCGAGGCACUCACCAAGAAGCACAAACAAGAUGGCCCACCCAUGAAGCGCAUGCAUCUCAAGAUGGACGCCUUUCCGCCAUUCGAUCCAAGCAAAUACCGGAAGUCACCGCGUCAACCGGAUGCACCCAAUCCGGGUGAGCUACAGGAAAGCAAGGAUGCCAAGACGCCCACGUCCGCCAAGUCCCUAAACGAUGAGCUGGCCGAGGCUGCGGCUGUGGUGAGCCAGCACUUUGGAGUAGAUGCAUCACAAAGCGAUUACAUCCUGUGCCGGGAGCAGACAGCAGACGGAGAUACUUAAACAUUAGCUAAAUGUAGAAUAAGAGCCUUUGUUAAUAUGGCCAGUUUCGGUUUUCACAGAAUUAUUUCAAUAUAUUUGUGUUAGCAGUUCUUGAUCUCACAAAUCUAUAAAGAAAUUAGAUUUGAUUUUGUUUCUCUCAAAUGAAAAUCUAUUCGUUGAUCGCUAAAAUUAGGUUUAUAUCAUUAUUAAUGAAUGAAUUUAGUGCCUGACUGCAUUUAUACCUAAGGAGAAAUUCAUUUUCAUGAAUAUUAUUUAAAAUAUAUACAAAAAGAAAUAUUAAUCAGAGUUCCCGUUGAUUACACAAACAGCCGACAUUUGCUGAUCUAAAUUAGUAUUUGAUUAGAAAUUUGAUUAAAACUACAAUGUGAAAAUCGGAACAGGCUUCUAUUGCUCUCAACAUCCUUAAGACCUGGAUAAGCACUCAAAGUCCGUGUCCAGGUCUCGAAUGGAACUCAAAGUGCAACUGCUUAUCAAGACUCUCAAUUUUGGAGUGCACAACUCAAAGAACCCUAUAGCUCUAUAGCCAGUGUGUGUGUACCAUAUAGGAUGCCUUUACUCUGUAGACCAGAUCCCUUAAAUGGAUAAAAUACCAGUAUAUGAAUUGUUAAAGGUUUUGAAUUACUACUGUAUGCAACCUGUUAGCUAAAUUAUCUUCCCCCAGAGCCCCCGUAAGCAAAGAUUAUAUACGAUUAUACAACUAUAACGACGUAUGUAUGUAUAUAUGUAUAGUGUGAUUAAGAGGCUUCAGAUGUUUAUUAUACAUAUGUAUGUACAUAUGGAUCCCCACGCAACAGCUUAUAUUGUAAUUAUACACUCAGCCUAGUCAAAUACAAAUAUUGUAAUUAUAUAUACGAGUAUAUAAAACUAUAAAUAAAUAUUGAGACUAUAUGAAUCUACAAGUCCAUGCAAUGUAUUAUACGCGCUGGAGCUUCAGUCUAUAUUCUAAUACUCGUACUCUUCUAAACCGAACCCAGAGAAAUAAAACUUAUCCGAA